UCGUCUUCCUCCUUUAUAUUUUGACUCUCGCUCCUCUUGGUUACCAUCCACUCCUCCUCCUCCUCCGCCGAAGGUUAUAGAUUUCUCCGCCGGAAAAUUCUGUUUCAGAUCUCGAGUCUCGAGUUUUUUUUUCCUGAUCAGCCAUAAUGUCGAAGUCCGGUGCCUUGGAUCUCGCGUCUGGACUCGGUGGCAAGAUCGAUAAAACCGAUGUUCUCUCUGCCGUGGAAAAGUAUGAGAAGUAUCAUGUCUUCCAUGGAGGAGAAGAGGAAGAGAGGAAGUCAAAUUAUACUGACAUGGUUAAUAAAUACUAUGAUCUUGCUACCAGCUUUUAUGAGUAUGGCUGGGGAGAAUCCUUCCAUUUUGCACAUAGAUGGAAAGGAGAGUCUCUCCGGGAGAGCAUCAAGCGACAUGAGCACUUCCUUUCCCUGCAACUAGGCCUCAAACCAGGGCAAAAGGUGCUGGAUGUUGGAUGUGGAAUUGGUGGACCAUUGAGAGAAAUUUCUCGAUUCAGCCAUGUAUCUGUUACCGGUGUGAACAAUAACGAAUAUCAGAUCACAAGAGGCAAGGAACUAAACCGGCUUGCAGGUGUAGACGAGAUAUGUAGCUUUGUUAAGGCUGACUUCAUGAACAUGCCAUUCCCUGAAAACAGUUUCGAUGCAGUUUACGCAAUAGAAGCAACUUGCCAUGCACCUGAUGCGUAUGGAUGCUACAAAGAGAUAUACAGAGUGUUAAAGCCUGGACAGUGUUUUGCUGCUUACGAGUGGUGCAUGACUGGUGCAUUCGACCCCAAUAACCAAGAGCAUCAGAAGAUAAAGGCAGAGAUAGAGGUUGGAGAUGGUCUUCCAGACAUAAGGCUAACUACCAAAUGUCUUGAAGCUUUGAAGCAAGCGGGUUUUGAAGUCAUGUGGGAAAGAGAUCUCGCAAAGGAUUCCCCUGUUCCAUGGUACUUACCUCUUGACAAAAACCAUUUCUCGCUUAGCAGCUUCCGACUAACUGCUGUUGGACGAUUCAUCACCAGGAACAUGGUUAAGGCCUUGGAAUAUGUGGGAUUCGCCCCGAAAGGAAGCCAAAGGGUUUCAGAGUUCUUAGAGAAGGCCGCCGAAGGAUUAGUCGACGGUGGAAGGAGAGAGAUCUUCACGCCUAUGUAUUUCUUCUUGGCUCGUAAACCAGAGUGAAGAGCAAAAAGACGGGCGGAUUCGCAACAUAAUCAGCCUAUGCUCUUCUUUUUCUUCGUUUUCUUUUCCUUGAAAAAAAUUCGUAGCUGGAUUUUUUUUUGUCAUUGUGCUUCAGAUCCGACAUUAUGGUUGAUUCUCCUGUUCCGUUCGGGUUGGAUGUCUUGUGUCACAUCACGUGCGUCACGUGCCCAGAGUGUUCCCUUUGGGUUGUCGGAUAAGAUUUUGUGAAUCGGAUUUGUGACCCUUUGAAGAUCUCUUUGCCUCUAUGAAUAUAUAUUAUAUUAUAGUA